AUGGAUGUAGAGACCGCUUUGUAUGUGGCCAACGUUGCUUUCAACACUGUAGUAAUUGCCAUGGACAUAGCUGUUAUGCUGAUCGCCAUCAAAACGGGCGAAAUCGGUCGACAACUUUUUUUAUGGAUGAUUUUUUUGUGUAUGGGCAUGGAUAUUGCUGCAUAUUUGAAUACUGUAAUCCAUGACGUGCCGAGUUUCGCCAUGGAUACGGAUAUUUUCAAAACAAAAUUUCGUUCAAUUUUACCUCGGCAUAUGUGGAUAACCAACCUCUCCAUUAUUGUGAUCGGAAUUCUAUUGACAGUACCUAUGUUUACACCUUACUGUGGCUUCUCCUAUGUGACUGGAAGUCACGUGUGGAUGUACGACACAAGCAAACCGUACACACACGUAUGGCGAGGUUGCAACUUCGUUUUGCAGAUUAUGGAUGUAGAAACCGCUUUAUAUAUGACAAACUUCUCUUUGAACACUAUAGUAGUUGUUAUGGACGCAGCUAUCAUGUUUGUUGCUUUUCAAACGGGCGAAAUACGUCGACAACUUGUUUUAUGGAUGAUUUUUCUAUGUAUGAGCACGGAUAUUACAGUGUAUUUGAAUACUGUAAUUCAUGACGUGCCGAGUUUUGUCAUGAAUACGGAUAUUUUCAAGACUCCAGAGCCGGCCUACGUUUCGGUUCUGAUAAUACUCUGCCAAUGGUUCAGCCAACUGUUUGCGCUUUUGGUCCUCUCGGUUCUUCAUUUCAUUGCAGUCUUUUCUCCAGCAAAAUUUCGUUCAAUUUUACCUUGGCAUAUGUGGAUAACUAACCUUUUCAUUGUCGCAAUCGGUGUUUUACUGGCAGUACCUAUGUUCACUCCGUACUGCGGCUACACCUAUGUUACUGAAAAUCACGUGUGGAUGCACGACACAAGCAAACCGUACACAUACAUAUGGCGAGGCAUUCUGCGUGACUGUAGUGGCUUGCGUCGACGCACUCAUCAUUUGGAAGAUUCGUACGCUUCGAACUGUUGGGACAAAAAGAAAUGGAACCGUCCCAUCUUCCAUGGCUGCUGUUGUUCUGGAAACGGCAUGUUUCCGUUGCCAAAUCUUGUUCUACCAGUUGAAUGUGAGCUGGUCUGCAUGAAAGACAACCUGAAUUACCAACGCUACGAAAAGAAGGAGGCAGCACGAAGUCUGCUAUUUGGAGUUGGUUCCAAGUCAGCAAUGUGGUGA